AUGGCAUCCAAUCACAAAUCCGACCAGAUUCAAACUAUUAUGGACAAGCUUAGCAUCAGUGAUGCGUUAGCUCUGCAAGAGGCGUUUCCAUACAGCGCAGUUCUGAAGAGUUGCUACGAAAAGAGGGCAAACCCUGUGCACUAUCUCUCUCGCACAUUUAAGUAUCCUCUCACGCUGAUGUCAGUUAUGUUCGACACCGGAGCAAUCUUCAGCGGCUCUCGUGGGCUCGACUAUUUUGUUCCAGGCUCUGCCAGGAAAUCAUCAGACUGGGACUUCUACGUACCCGGAUAUAAAGAGUCCGUGGCCGAUAUGGUACAAGCAUUGAGCCUUUGUGGGGUGACCUGGGAGCCUGAGGGGGACAAAAUCGUUGAAACACUUCGAGAGAAGGGAGAAGCACAUGUCAGUCGAGGAGUUCUUGAAGCACUGUGGUCUUGGAUAGACACUCUGGACCAUCAUAGUGCCGAUGCUCUGCUUGGAGAAGCGUUACAUGAAGUUGUCCUCGCGUUUCGUAGCGUGAGGCAGAAAAUGUCAACUUCCCAAGCCUUCAAAAUUACAUAUUCGUCGCAUCGACUGAAAUUGGAGGCUGCGAAAUUGGAAGCCGCGCCGAGUUGGGCUUUCUACAAAGAUUCCGUGGGAAACUCGUUUAGCGUUUUGCAAGGCUGUAUCCAGACAAAGAACGAAAAACAAGGUGUCCAGCUCAUGAUAGGAAUGUGCUACUCUCAUGUUCGGAGUGCCAUGUCUUUCCUUAAAGAAUUCUACGGCAGCCAUGUUCAGUGCUUCGUGGGUGGUUGGUGUGCCAGCCAUAUGUACUAUCCGGAAGCGAGUGAGAAGCAGAGCAUAUUUUGGAAGCAAUCUAGUGGAGAGGUUCCAAAACGAGUUGCCUCCGCACUUAUAAAAUACGAACAAAGGGGAUUCGAAUUUUCCGAGGCAGUUGAUGACGGUCCUAAAACUCGUCGCUUACGGGACGGGGGGUCUUUGUUUCUAGAUUAUGGAGACAUCUAUAGGCAGCACGUGCGGAAGUCCCAUCUCGAACUUCUAGACCUUUGGUUAUCAGAGCGUCGAACAAGCAUCGAAUCCAUUAGUUGGGUCGAGUUUGACCAACGUAUCUUCUGUCUACAAAACUCGGUUCAGGCCUGCUACCGAACUGAACAGAAAUCCUUCUCAAACUCUGGGCUAGAGCUGCCGCUUAACAGACUGAGAAGACUUGGGAAUAUCAUUGCUGUGAAUACCUGGGGUCCUGAUACUUUGAAGUCAGCGGCUUUCCGGAGCACGAUUGCUACGUCUCUUACCAAUGCCAGGUGGCAAGUUCUGGAGCUGGCUAGAUCAGGAACCGUGUUUUGUUGUCUGAAGGAUGCGACUCCGUGGUCUUGGGCGCUUUAG